AUUAGUACGAAUUGUGGAAGAAGCCAAAGAACUGCACACAACUCAAAACUCGCCGAACCGCUGAACCGCUGAACCGCAAUGCAUAUCAAUAUGAAACAGUUCAUGUGUCUUUCUUUGGCACUUUUCGCUUCCGUCGCUGUGGCACAGCCCUAUGGACAAUCUCCGGCAUCCUAUGGUGCACCAGCACCAGCACCAGCUCCUGCUGCCAGUCUUGCCAGUUUGGUGAAUUUGGAGGCGCUCGAACGGUACCUAAAUGCUCCAGCUCCAGCUCCAGCAGCGUAUGGUGGCUCUAGCACAUAUUCUCAGGCAAGAUAUGUUUCAGCUGGUGGUUCGCCCAGCGCAGGUCCAGUAACUUCAACUAGCUACAGUGCUGCACCAGCAUCUUCGGCUGGCAGUUCUGCGCCGUCCGGUGGUUAUGGCGGUUCAGAUGAGCCAAUUCUUUUUGUCAAUGAAAUACCUGCCGCUGGUUACUCAUCAUCUGGCGGUUACUCAGCACCCGCACCUGCACCUGCUGCUAGCUAUUCCGCUCCAGCUCCUAGCUACACUGCACCAGCUCCUAGCUAUUCCGCACCAGCUCCAAGCUACUCUGCUCCAGCUGCUACCUACUCUGCUCCAACUGCUACCUACUCGGUUCCAGCUCCCAGCUACUCUGCUCCAGCUCCUAGCUACUCUGCACCAGCUCCUAGCUAUUCCGCACCAGCUCCAAGCUAUUCCGCGCCAUCUUCUAGCUAUGCUGCACCUGCUCCAGCCAGCUAUUCAGCUCCCGCUCCCGCUCCUGCUGCUGGUUAUGGUGCUGCCCCAUCAUCUGGUUAUGGUGGUGCUUCUGCUGCUCCCAAAUACACCGUACUCCCAGCAACUAUUACACAGCUCAACCCCGGCAAGACUAGCUACAAAACCUACCAGUCUCCCAUCCAAUACAGCACUGUCACCCUUCCAGUUGCUGCUGCUGGCCCUGUGGCCAAUUUGUAUGUACCUGAGAAUGCCGGUGGUAGUUAUGGUGCAUCUGCUGGUUAUGGUAGCAGCUCAGGUAGCAGCUCCUAUGGUGGUUCCAGCUAUUAGAGAAAAAAACAAACAAGAACUUAAGUCUUAAAGACGUUAGUUUUAGUUAAUAAUAGAACUGUUCAGAGUGCUUGUGACCAGUUAUGAAAAUUCCAAAUUCAAAAUUUUACUUUGAGCGAGUUUUGUGUGUAAAUAUUAUUUGUUUGGCAAAUCCUUUUUAUAUUCUUGUUUUUGGUGAAUAAAAAAUGAAAGAUGUUUUUAAGAUU